UAGCAACAUCUAACUCACGUCAAAUUGAUACCCACUGAUAACCAACAAAUAUUCGUAAAAUGUUAAUGUAAGUUUAUGACACUAAAUUUAAGAUUAAGACACGCUUCAAAAUACGCUUUUAAUAAUAUCGCAUUUUUGAAAAACAACUAUGGUUGUAAGUUGAAAAAUUUAACUUUUAUCCCCCUUAUUGAUGUCCUAACUGAAGAAGGAAAUGACGAAGGAAUUAUUCAAAAUGAAGCAAGAAUUCCUGUUAAAGAUUUGAAUAAAGAAGUCGAAAAUGCCGUUUUUAAGGGAGAGAAAUUUUUGAUGAAAUUCAUACCCAUUUUAGAAGAAAUUAUAGUUGAAAUUUCUCGACAGUAUAGGAAAUGUAUAAUCAAACAAAUGGAGUUAACUGAACAAGCACUGGAAUUAGAAAUUAUACCUAUACGAGUGCAAGCUGCUGAAUUAAAAAGUGAAAUUGUGAAAUAUGAAAACUUAGUUAAAUCAGUAGCACAAUCUGUUUAUGGUCAAGCUGCACUUGCUCUUAUGUCAGGGGAUAGUGUUAAAGAUUUAGAAAUUGUACAAUCUAAACUUCAAGAAUUGGAAAAAAUCUUAGAAAAUGAAAUUUCUGAAAACAAAAAAGUUGAACAUAAACUUCUUGCUGUUAGUUGUGCCAGUAUAUUGCAAUAAGAAAAUUGUUCUAUAUCAUGUAAUAUAAUUAUAAAUCACAAUAUUCUAAAAUGUGCCUUGUAUGUAUGUUACCAUAUCUAUCCUUAUUUGAUUACAAUGUUAUAUUAACAUUAUGUGAAAUUAAAGAUCAUUAAUUAAGGUACACAUUCUUAUAUUGUACAAUGCAUACUUGAAGUAGUAGUAACAGGAAGUUUUCUGCAUAAAUUCUUUUACUAGUAUGUAGUUAAAUUUUUAUGAGU